CCCCGCUUAAUCUGCGGAAAUAAACAACCGGACGCGGAACCGGCACAUCAUGUCUCGUGUCGAUGCCAUCGAUGCCGAGGCUGAUCCUCGCAUCCAGGUCAAGACCGCGACGCUGAAUGGCGUCAAGUACGAAUACUUCUAUGGUGUUCCGCGGUCGGGAAAAUGGAGCCAGACUGUUUUCCUUAUCCAUGGAUGGCCUGACUUGGCCAUGGGAUGGCGCUAUCAGAUUCCCAUGCUGUUGGAGCUGGGAAUGAGGGUCGUGGCGCCGAAUAUGAUGGGGUAUGCUGGCACGGAUGCACCUCCCGUACCGCCAAACCCAAUUAGCAUGUACGGUAUGAAGCGAGCAUCAGAUGAUAUUGCUGCUUUGGCCAAGGAAGUGGGCGCUCCGAAGAUCAUACUAGGUGGUCAUGAUUGGGGAGGUAUGGUUGUCUGGCGAGCCACUGCAUGGUACCCCGACCUCGUAUCCCAUGUCUUUGCAAUCUGCACACCAUACAUGCCGCCCUCGGACAGUUACUUCUCUCUCGAAGAUCUCGUCAAAGGACCUCUUCCCCAAUUCGGCUACCAGAUUCACCUUGCCUCUGGCGAUGUGGAGACGUUUAUCAAGGACGAAAAUUCAAUUAGGCAGUUUUUCAAAGCCAUGUAUGGGGGCAGGGGACCGAACGGUGAGAUUCUGUUCGACCCCCAUAAGGGCUUGAUCGCCGAGCAUCUGGACAAGAUUGGAGACAACAAGCUUCUGAAUGGAAAAAUGUUGGACUACUACGUCAAGCAGUAUAACGUCCAUGGCAUCCAUUCUACCCUUAACUGGUACCGCCAGCGCCGCACAAACUGGGAAGAGGAGCAAGAGCUCCUUGACAAGAAGACGAUUACGCAGCCCGCGCUCUUCAUUCAAGCUUCUGGGGACACCGUCCUCACAGCAGACGUGGCAAAACACAUGGGUACCUUUAUUCCAAGGCUCACCAGGGACGAGGUGGCGACGUCGCAUUGGGCCAUGAUCCAGAAGCCAGACGAGGUGAACGAGAUUAUCCGCCAAUGGCUUACCGCAGAGGGCUUAGUCGACAGCAAGAACAAGCAACAGGAUGGUCGUUUGUAAAAUUAGGAGGAUCCAGAGGAUUCGCUAGCGUGCUGCGUAGCCGGAGAUACACGACCGUGUUCCGCUGCUACUCGAGACUAGAUGGACAAAUGCAAUGUAUGGCUUUUGGGUAGUGGGUGCAGCUACGCACGCUUGCGGGUGCAUCCG